AUGGCGGAAAACAAAGCGACAACGGCCAGCACGCAUGAGCUAUUUUACGUUACAUCACUGUGGGGUUUCCGCUGUUAGGGAGUCGAGCGAGAGUCCUACUUCUUCCACAGGACCACUCUAUCUGGACCGUGCACAGGACCUACUACGUAGCUCCUCCCUUCCAGAACAAGUAGGCGGCGUUCUCCUGGAAUCCUGUGGCAGUGUAGUAGGACUCUCGAUACUCCUGUUGGUUUUUGUACUGGAGAGCGAUCGCCUUCCGUUAAAGAUGUCUGCUGCUAAAAUUGCCCUGAUGCUCGUUUGUCUCGCUGUCGUUGGAGCAAACGCCAACAACUGCGGCACCUGUGAUCAGUCUUCUUGUGCCCCAGUAGAUGACAUCAACUGCGACUGGGGCAUCGUGUGGGACGACUGCAACUGUUGCCAUGUUUGCACACAGGGGCCAGGCGAGAGGUGCGGGGGCGAGGGCAACAAAUUCGGGAAAUGCGGUGUUGGUCUCACCUGCGUGCCAUCAUCACCCAGGGAGAGUGAGGGAACGUGCCAGAGGCAACUGUUGCCAGUACAUAGACCCUAAGAUCGGGAACUGGCGUUAAAUUUAUAAACUAGUUUCCAUUUGCAGAUUUAUCAAAGUUUGUGAGAAUAGUAUAGUCUUAUUAUUAUGAUUGUUAUGCUUUAGUUGGGAAAAACUCUCUAUCGCGAGAGUAUACAAAACGUUCUAAGAGGUCUAAAAUAAUGAAAAAAAAAUGUUGCGAGUUCGUGUAUAAUUUAAAAACCCUUUACAAAGCUUUCGAACCCUUCCCUGGGUUCAUCUUCAGUAAAAAGAAAAAAAAGAACCCAGGGAAGGGUUCGAAAGCUUUGUAAAGGGCUUUUAAAUUAUACACGAACUCGCAACAUUUUUUUUUAUUAUUGUGGACCUCUUAGAACAAUAUAUGCUUUCUUUUCAAAACCGUGCAACUUACUCCCAGAAAUUUUAUUUCAGGGGGUAUGAUUUACAGAUCUGAACACCACUCAUGGUCAUACCAAACAUAAUAAAGUUUAUAAAUUACA